CGAGAUAUAUAUAUACUAUAUCUCGGGUUGCGCGAAGAGCAGGAAAGAUUUUAAUAUGGGAGGGGCGGUGGGCUGUGGUGAUUAAAACUGUAUUCUAAACAUCCGAAAAUUCAGUGAAAUUAUUACCAAGUUCAGAUCGAUUGUAGCCAGUGUCAAUUCCGACGAAUAACAGUGAACAUGAAAAUACGGAGGGUGGAUUUAAUUCGACACUUUCUCAAGACGUGCAACGAUAUCGAUUAUUCCUAGAGACUCUGGGUCUUACCCCUUCGAAGUAGAGGGUGUAUUCUCGGGACUUCCGAUAAUAAAUAUGUACUUCUGUUUGAAAUUCGCACGGUUAAUUUUAACCGCCUCCCUGAUCUGCGUCGGAUUUUGUUCCGAAGAUGAGGAGCGUCUUGUCCGCGAUCUCUUCAGAGGAUACAACAAACUCAUUCGUCCCGUUCAAAAUAUGACGCAAAAAGUCGACGUCAGAUUUGGAUUGGCGUUUGUACAGCUGAUCAACGUGAACGAGAAGAACCAGAUCAUGAAAUCCAAUGUGUGGCUCAGAUUCGUGUGGACCGAUUAUCAGCUUCAGUGGGACGAGGCCGAUUACGGUGGGAUCGGAGUCCUGCGACUCCCACCGGAUAAAGUCUGGAAACCGGAUAUCGUCCUGUUCAAUAAUGCCGAUGGAAACUACGAGGUCCGCUACAAGAGCAACGUCCUGAUUUACCCAACGGGUGAGGUCCUGUGGGUGCCACCGGCAAUUUAUCAAAGUUCCUGUACGAUUGACGUGACGUAUUUUCCGUUCGAUCAGCAAACUUGCAUCAUGAAAUUCGGUUCGUGGACGUUCAACGGCGACCAGGUGUCCCUGGCGCUUUACAACGACAAAAAUUUCGUCGAUCUGUCGGAUUAUUGGAAAAGCGGUACGUGGGACAUAAUAAGCGUACCGGCAUACCUGAACAUAUAUCACAGCGAUUUUCCAACGGAAACGGACAUAACAUUUUACAUAAUAAUAAGAAGGAAGACGCUGUUUUACACCGUGAAUCUGAUCCUGCCGACGGUCCUCAUUUCGUUUUUAUGCGUCCUCGUAUUUUACCUACCGGCCGAGGCUGGCGAAAAAGUAACCCUCGGGAUAAGUAUCCUCCUGUCUCUUGUCGUCUUCUUGUUAUUGGUCAGUAAAAUUCUGCCCCCGACAUCCCUGGUGCUUCCGUUGAUCGCCAAAUAUCUUUUAUUCACGUUCAUAAUGAACACCGUGAGUAUUCUCGUUACCGUAAUCAUCAUUAACUGGAACUUCAGAGGCCCGAGAACCCACAGGAUGCCGCAACUAAUUCGUAAAAUAUUCCUCAAGUAUCUUCCGACGAUUUUACUUAUGAGGAGACCGAAGAAGACGAGACUCAGGUGGAUGAUGGAGAUUCCAAACGUGACUCUUCCCGCUUCGACUUACUCCGGCAGUCCAACCGAACUUCCGAAGCAUCUUCCCGCUAGUUUAGCGAAGCCAAAAAUGGAAGUAAUGGAAUUAUCCGACCUUCACCAUCCCAAUUGCAAGAUAAAUAGAAAAGUUCAUCACCCAACGAGUGCGUCGACCACUGCGGCAGGUGGUGGAGAUGGGAUGGGAGACCGGCGAGGAUCCGAAAGCUCCGAUUCCGUUCUUCUGAGUCCAGAAGCUAGCAAGGCUACGGAGGCCGUUGAAUUCAUAGCCGAGCAUUUGAGGAACGAAGAUCUGUACAUACAAACUCGAGAGGACUGGAAGUACGUGGCAAUGGUUAUCGACCGUCUGCAGCUCUACAUAUUUUUCAUAGUGACAACAGCCGGUACAAUUGGAAUUUUGAUGGACGCACCCCAUAUUUUUGAGUACGUCGAUCAGGAUCGUAUCAUUGAAAUCUACAGAGGAAAAUAAACACAUUCGUACAGUUUUAUUAACGAGGAUUGCACAAAA